AUGGACAAGUUACCUCCAUGUAAAGUUUGUGAUGGAAGAAGCUCAGGUCUCCAUUAUGGGGUGAUGACUUGUGAAUCAUGUAAAAGAUUUUUUAGGAGAGCAUUUAUUAGAAAAUCUCCAUAUGAAUGUAAAUUACACCAAGACUGUCAUAUUACAGAAAAGAGAGGAAAAUGUUCUGGAUGUAGACAGAGGAAAUGUUUAGAGGUUGGAAUGUCUGUUGAUGCUAUUCAGAUGGGGAGAGUCACAAUAAAUGAGAAAGCAGACAGACUGAUUGAAUACAAAGAUAGGCAAGAAGAAAAAGGAAAACAAACAAACCAUACAACAAACAAAAUAGUUGUAGUAAGCGAUGAACUGCUACAACAUGGUUUUACUGAGGAUAAACCGCCAGAUGAAACAACCAGAGAUCCUAUCAUUAUGAAGCCAAAAUCACAUGAUCAGACUCAAUCUCCAAAUCUCAUUUUUGAAAAUCAGGAAACACUACUCACACUUGGACUUGAUGUAGCUCAGAACAUAAAUACCAUACCAACACAACUCAACGAGAUGGAAUGUGGAACAACACUUCAAAAGAUAAAACAUCCAGUGGCAGAUACAAAUCUUGUGUUUGGUGCCAAUAAUUCAUCAUUUCUAGAUAGCAUUUCAAAUCUAUCAUCUUUCCAGGGUCACAAAUCUUCAUUGCCUUGUGAGAGAGUUAAAGUUCAUUCUUAUAGCAGUUCAAAUCAUUCAUGUUUCCAGGGUUACGAAUCUUCAUUGCCUUGUGAGAGGGUUGAAGUUCAUUCUUCUAGUAGUUUACAUCAUUCAUGUUUCCAAGGUCACGAAUCUUCAUUGCCUUGUGAGAGGGGUCAAGUUCAUUCUUCUAUCAGUUCACAUCAUUCAUGUUUACAGGGUCAUGAAUCUGCAUUGCCUGGUGAAGGGGAUCAAGUUCAUUCUUCUAGCUGUUCAAAUCAUUUGUGUUUCCAUGGUCAUGAAUCUUCAUUGCCUGGAGAGAGGGUUGAAGAUCAUUUUCCUGCAACGACAAAUCUAAGUCAUUUGUGUAAGAACUCAAUAUUUUCUUCUGAAUGUGAUGAAAGUAAAACAAUACAGCAUGUUAAAAAUUAUAUACAUAAUCAUAAUGGUGAUGUUGAGUCUAUGAACAAGGAAUGGUUGGAUGUUGGUGGAGAAGACUGUGGGGAUGAUUGUAUAUUUAAAAAUCUUGAACUUCGUCUGUCACAGGAAGUAGAAUUAGGUAAUGGUACAUGUACUGACAUCGAUGGGAUUGUAUCAUCAUUGACUCAUGCUAUGAACUGUAUCCAGGUCUUCAAUGUUAAAUACUCAGCAGAUGAGGUGAAACAGAAAUUGAAAGAAGGAUCAGAAGAGUUCAUAGCGAAACAGGAAGUAUUUGGUGACCUGAAGAGUUUACCAGACAGAGAAUAUUAUAACUUAUACAAAACAACAAAAAUUGAUGCUGAUGGGAGAAUGAAACAAAUAGAUGACCUUUUUAGCUGGUAUGCAGUCAUAGUGCACCAAUACAUUGACUUUGCUAAAAGAAUUCCAGGAUUCUGUACAUUAUUAACUUGUGAUCAAGCAGCCUUGUUAAAAGCUUCAAGGUCAGAAUGCUUCUUCUUUGUCAUACACGAAGCUUGUGAUCCAGAAACAGAAACAGUUAUGCUGUUUUCUGGUCAGACAUAUAACAUCAAAGAAAUUGUUGGAUGGAUGCCUGAAGAAUUGCUCAAAGUCUGGACAGAGUUUUGUAAAGGAAUACAGAAUCUAAAUCUUACAAAGAAAGAACAAGCUCUGAUUUUGGCUCUGUUGAUUACAACUCCAAGUGACAAAUACUCUUUAAAGGAACCAGAAAAGGUUCAGGAGAUUCGUAAAAAAUUAGAACUAGGCAUUGACCAUGUGGUUCAAGGCACAGAGAAAAAUUCCGCUGCCUUAUGGAUUCAGAUGACAAGAAACUUGAUUUCAUCAAUACAAAGUAUGAAGGACAUCGAAGAAAAAGAGCAUAAUUCAGUCUGCCAGAUGCCAAGUAUUGUGAACUUUUUACUAAACGAAUGAUCACAUUAGUUUAGAAGAUUUUCUGGUUCAUGUGAAAAUUACUCGUUUUAUGAUAUUUAUUCAGUAUGAAUAAGCAAUAGGAGAUAAUUAUUUCCCUUUGAAACAAGGAAAUUUUUUUAAAUACUCUGGGUUAGUCAUGAUCAGUUUCAAAAUAUGCUAGAUUUGUUUUCCCUUUCCCAUGGUUUUUUUUAAAUGAACAUUGUAUAGAUGGGUAUGUCCAACAAAUUAUCUGUCCUAUGUUUCCCCUUCUUUCAAACUUUUGUAUUCACCUCUGCUCUUCAACUGCUCAACAAAUUGAAAACAAAACGUUUGAUAAUUUCAAUGCAUUCGAAACGGUUUUCUAGAUUUACCUUCAUCAGGAACGCUCAAAGCCAAAUAUUUGAAAUCCGAGGAUGUAUCAGUACCAAAACCGUUGAAUAGCUAUAUGAUAAAAAUACCUUAAUAGCCAAAUUCAUCAAAGUCAACUUUGCCUUAGGGAGUUGAAACCUUAGUUUCUGAAUAAUUUCAAAAUUCAUAAACGGACAAUUUUAGAGAAGUUUGUUAAAUCAUGUCCGUACCGAAGUUCUGACUACAGGGCUGAUGAUACCCUCGGGCACUGAUAGUCCACCAGCAGAGGUAUCGACACAGUGAUGUAAAAAAUUGAAAACAACACGUUUAAUAAAUCCAAUACGUCCGAAGCGCUUUUCUGAAUUUACUUAACAAACUAGCAUGCCACUUCUUUGAAAUUAACUAACAUGAUGUACUAUAUUUCUUUGGUAUUUGACCUCUUGUUGAGAAUUGUCAUAUUGGUAAGCAUACCACAUAUUCUUUCUUAUAUGUAGCCCCUCUUUCAUUUCUUCGUGAACAAUUUUUUGGUUUCAUUAUACAUGACAUGAAU